CCUGCCUGCGCGCUCUGUGUUUCUCUGCAGCCCCGAAGCUCGCCAAUGUAGCAGGCGCUCCAAGCUCAGUCCUAAAGAAGCCAUGGCGAAGUCCAGGGGCCGUCUGUACCUUUGGAUGUGCUUGGCUGCUGCGCUGGCAUCUUUCCUGGUGGGAUUUUUGGUGGGCUGGUUUAUUAAGCCUCUCAAAGAAAUAACCACUUCUGUGCCUUAUCAUCAAAGUAUACGGUGGGAACUGGUAUCUGAAAUGAAAGCUGAAAACAUCAAAUCAUUUAUUCGUUCUUUUACAAAGCUUCCUCAUCUGGCAGGAACAGAACAAAAUUUCUUGCUUGCCAAGAAAAUUCAAACCCAGUGGAAGAAAUUUGGACUAGAUUCACCCAAGUUGGUUCAUUAUGAUGUCCUCUUAUCUUACCCCAAUAAGACAAAUGCCAACUAUAUAUCGAUUGUGGAUGAACAUGAAACUGAGAUUUUCAAAACAUCAUACCUCGAACCACCACCAGAUGGCUAUGAGAAUGUUACAAAUAUUGUGCCACCAUAUAAUGCUUUCUCAGCCCAAGGCAUGCCAGAGGGAGAUCUUGUAUAUGUUAACUAUGCUCGCACUGAAGACUUUUUCAAACUAGAAAGAGAGAUGGGCAUCAACUGUACUGGGAAGAUUGUUAUUGCAAGAUAUGGAAAAAUCUUCAGAGGAAAUAAAGUACAGUAUUAUCUGUUUUUCUACAGAGAAUGAGAGGAUAUAUAUAGUCUGUAAAUGUAAAUGACCAACUUGCUUCUCUGUUUCCAAAUUGCUUUCAAACAUUUAUUUUCUUUUUUUUUUUUCCUAUUUGCCAUGGAUACACGGAAACUCAUGUUUCUAUGUUUUCUCACAUACCUGGAAAAGAAAAUUAUUUUUAAUCAUUUUUAUUAAAAAAGUAAUAUUUGCUUUUAGAAAUUUAAUUGAAGGAAAUUUAUAUAAAGUAAAAAAUGAAAAGCUCCUCUGCAUUACCCACUUCAUUAUUCAGAUAUAAUCAAUCUUAAUAGCUUUUUUCAAAUCUAAUUCUGUGAAAUAUAAAUACAUCCGUCCCUAUAUGCCCAUUUUACAUAUAUUUAUUUAUUUACUUUUACAUUCUAUAAGACUUUAUUUUUUUUCACUCAGCCAUGACUCAUAUUCUUCAUGUCCACAGGUUGAGAGUUAUGUAAUACAUUGGUUAAGAGUAAGGGAUGAGUCUAUCAGUCCACCAAUUUUGCAAAAAUACUCCUUGCCCAUUUAGAAGGAAUACAAGCAACAAUGUUCACAAUAAUAUUAAACUAAAAUUCAGUACACUUAUAUCAUUUUGGAUUACUGCUGCUAGGAAUUUUAAAACAUUUGCUCUUGUAUUACUUUAGUUUUAAAUUUUCAUGAGUUGUCGGCAUGGGGAGUAAACACUCAGUUCAUACUCUCCUUCUUCCUUUAUUAGAGUUCAGAAAUACUGAUCCUCAUAUCUAAAGUAAUGCUCCUUUUAACAAAUGACAAUUUCGGUUUGCUGAGUUACUGAUGGAUUGUAUCCUUCUUUAUAUCAUACAUUUCUUUUUUAAAAAAAUGAGUUUUUGUGUUAUUUAAAACAUAAAAUUGGAAGUUUUACAUAUGUGAAAUGAUCUCUACAAUCAAAAUAAUGAACAUACCCAUUAUCUCCAAAAAGCUUCCUCUCGUCUCUUUAUAUUCUCACCCUCCCAACUCUUCCUUCCCACUUCAUCCAAUCCCUAGACAACCAUUCAUCUUGCUUUCUGCUAUCAGCAUGAUUAUUUUGAGAUCUGUCCAUGUUGGCAUCUUUGUCAAUAGUUUUUCUUUCUUUUGCUGAGUAGUAUUGGCAGGCUUUUCAAAAUGCAGGUAUCUCUGGAGCUGUUUUGUGGACACCAGGAGCAUUACCUGACAAGCCCUGUGCUGGCCCCAGGGUACCCUGUGCACCUGGGUAAGGCUGGAACACAUUGGGGACAGAGACCCAACAUGCCCACUUCAGAACAGCGUGGGACCUGGGGAAACCACCAGCUGUUUGCUGUCCUGUCAUUGCUGUUCUACACAUCCCUGGAGACUAUGAGCAUCGGUUACAGUGUGGUAUUGGCUGGUCAGGACCAGAAAUGUCCAUUUUUGACCUGGAAGCAGCAGACACCCAAGGCUUAGGGUAGACGUGGGGGCUCCAUACCAUUCCCAGUGCCAACUUCCCAUGGCGGAAACAGGAAGGAAUGUCUGGCAACCCGCCAAGGGUCAGAUGCCACAUCAGCCUGAGCAGAAGCUGCCUGACACUGGCUGUUCCAAUGACAAUUAGACAUUCUUGGGAAGGUGGAGCCAUUUGUGAGAGCUCAGGAUGGGUGUCCUGAAAGCGCCACUUAAAGGCGACUGAGGCCUCUCAAAAUCCCUGUGUUAGAACUGCAGCUGUCCAUGUGGGCUUCAGUGCAGUCACCUGUGGAGCUUUAGGACAGGCCCAGGGCUCAGCUCCCGGGACCAGUGCCUUGAGAAUUUUCGCAGCAGGGAUAGCCGGCUUGGAAAGGCAUGCCUGGGAGACCAUGUGACACUGCCUGGCUGGGUCCUGGGCUGACAGAUGUGAGCAUGGAGCUCAUGGUGACUUGGUAAUGCUGUGAAUUAUGUACGUGUGGCAGGAAGGUGCCACAAUGCCAAGGCCCCAAGUCUUGGAAAUUCCAUGAGGUCCGCAUGAAGUUGAACUAAACACCAAGUGCAGUCCUCAAAGGAAAAAUAAAAGAAAUACCCACAUAAGGGACUCUUUGGAACUGAAUCUGGAAGAGAGGGCUUCCUGGUCCACUCCAGGAGAAUUUGCCUAAAAUAAGUUUGCUUCCCAUUGCAUUCUCUUUGCUUGUUCUAAACAUCACCUCCCCCCAUUCCCUUAAUUUGCAUCAUUCUGGGCUCCUUACUCUUGUUGCAUCCUUUUUUUACAUUUUAAGGAUGUCUGAAUUCCAUUUACUUAAGAGCAUAUAUGGCUUAAUUUUGUGUUUCUGGUAAUCGUUUAUUACAUUUCCCCAUUUUAUCAAAUGACACGUUUUCCUCGUAUCUAUUUUUAAUAUGUUAAAGAUUUUGUAUCCAGUUUAUCUAAAACUCCUUGAUUAAAAUGAGUUUAAUUCUAGCAAUACAUAUAUGCUUAUCUCUGCAUUGUUUUAUAAUAUUACGAUAAA